AAUUGCCGAAACUACACCUCCAACUUCUGUGUUAAUAAUUUGAAGAGAUAAUUUUAAAGAGAAACUACAAAAAAAACAUGUCUACUAAAUACCCAGUGCCGGAUUGGGUACAACCAGAAAUCUUCCUUGAUGUGCUAAAAGAAUCUGUCAAAGGUUUCUCCAAAUUCAAGAGUUUCAAGGCCAGCGCCGCGUUGGCGCCUGGCGAAAAUUACGCGACUAUCAUGCUUCGAGUGAAUAUUCAAGUGGAGCUGGAGGAUGGUUCUGAGAAAGCGGUUUCCUAUAUGUUAAAGCUGCCUCAUCAGUCGGAAAUGUUCCAAAAGAUGUUAGAAGCAAACAAUAUAUUUGAAGCAGAGCGUACAAUAUAUAACACAAUUGUUCCCGAGAUGGAGCAAUUAUAUCGGGAAGAAGUGAAAUUCGGUGCAAAAUCAUAUGACCUGAAAAAUGCGAAGACUGAUUACGUCUUACUCGAGGAUCUAGCUCCUCAGGGCUUUAAGAACAUGGACCGUCGUGAAGGUUUGGACCAGGCACAUACUGAAGCAGCCCUACGGAAGUUGUCGCAAUGGCAUGCUGCCUCCGUUGUACGUGUUGUCAAUAUAGGGCCAUAUCCCGAAAAGUAUAGCAUUGGAUUUUACAAGGAAGAAAAUCGUCCGCUAAUCUCACAAAUGGAUGAAAGCAUGGCGAAGGGUUUUAUAAAGUACUGUGAAACUUUUGAAGACAACCAGGAGUACGUAAAGCUAAUGAAAUCAUUGCAACCAAAGAUCACUGACUUGGGGUUUAAAAUUUCCAAACCAGACGCCAGUGGACUUAGUGUAUUAAAUCAUGGAGACUUUUGGAGUAACAAUAUGAUGUUUACCCAUGAUUCAUUUGAUAAAAUUAAGGAGAUAUACCUGGUAGACUUCCAGAUGCCAAAGUAUGGUACAGUAGCGCAGGAUCUGUAUUAUUUUCUGCUUUCGUCAACAAAGUUUGAGGAUAAGUUGACUAAAUUUGAUUAUUAUAUCAGAUUUUAUCACGACAAUCUUGUGGAAAAUUUAAAGAUUCUUAAGUAUAAAAAACCUCUGCCAACAUUACGUGAAAUCCACCAAUCACUCUUCAAAUACGGAUUCUGGGGUUAUAUUACAGCGAUGGGAAUCAUGAGUGCAGUUUUGGUCGAUCCCAUAGAAACUGCCAGUUUUGAUAAUUUCUUUAACGAUUCCGAGGAGGGUGCCAGUUUCAAGUCAAUGCUCCACUCUAAUCCUCGUUACCAGAAGCAUAUGAAACUUCUUUUGCCUUGGCUUCUAAAUCGCGGUGUGUUUGAGGAACAUUAAAUUGAAUUUAUAUUUAUAUUAUUCUAUGAAGGUAAAUAAAUUGGUAAUAGGUGUUUUUGCACAAUAAACUUCGAUGAGUACAGGUAUUUCAUUUUAGAGUCGAUAACGUGACUCUCAGCGUCGAUAUCAAUAACGGAAAAUUGUUCAAGUACAAUCAAUGAAACCUUUUUUAACUGUUUCCCAGAAAACCUUAUGCAUCAUUUAUAUAUUCAAGUGAAUUUGUCCCAUAAAUUUUGUUGUUUUUGCAAAUAUCGCCAACAGAGCGAAGAACUUGUCAAUUAGUUCAGAAUGAACGGUGAGAGACGGUUAAAUAAUUAGCUAAAAUUGACAUGAAUAUUAAAAAUAAGAGUACUCACAAAAUUUUAUAA